AUGUCACGUGACACGCUUAGAGUUGCAUAAAUGAGGAUGGAAGCGAAGCGACUAUAAAACGAUACAAGUCGAGCGGGUCAAACGGUGUUGACGCUUCGACGGCAGUAACCGUCAGUGAUGUUGUUAUAUCUCGCGGCUCUGCUGGCGGGAAUCUUCUCCGCGCAUCUCGCGCAGCGCCUGUGUUUCCCGUACUUCUGGAGAGACGCGCGUUAUUUAAUGAAACUCAUCCGUUACGGAGCCCGUCUGGAGUUGUACAAACAAACCGCGAAAGUGGUGACAGUCGUGGACAGGUUUGUCGAAAGAGCCCGGCGGACUCCUCACAAGCCCUUCGUCAUUUAUGAUGGGGUGACGCACACGUACGGCGAGAUCGACGCGCGCAGUAACCGAGUCGCGCGUGUGUUUGAGCGCGCGGUGAGGAAGGGAGACACGGUCGCGCUCCUCAUGAGCAACGAAGCCGACUUCAUCUCCGUCUGGUUCGGCUUCUCGAAACUGGGCUGCGCGGUGGCGUUUCUCAACACCAACAUCAGAUCCAGAUCACUGCUGCACUGCUUCAACUGCUGCGGGGCCAGACUGCUGGUGGUCGGCAAAGAUGUGUUGGACACUUUAGAGGACAUUCUUCCCAGUCUUCAGGAGGACAAUAUCACAGUGUGGUGUAUGAAGCCACAGAGCUCACUUCCCGGCGUUCACAGUCUGCCGGAGAAAAUUCAGCAAGUUUCUGAUGAACCACUUUCAUCUGAUCUCAGAUCUGUCAGCUGUCUGAAGACCCCCACACUUUACAUCUUCACCUCGGGCACUACUGGGUUACCCAAGGCUGCGGUCAUCACACAUUUACAGUCGCUGAAGGCCGCGGGGGGAUUUUGGGCGUACGGCGGCACAGAAGAUGACAUCAUCUACACACCACUUCCUCUGUAUCAUAGCGCUGCUUCACUGGUGGGCAUUGGAGGGACCAUUGAGCUGGGUGCCACAUGUGUGCUGAAGAAGAAGUUCUCUGCGUCUCAGUUCUGGAGUGACUGUAGGAAACACAACGUGACUAUAAUUCAGUACAUUGGAGAGCUGUGCAGAUAUCUGUGCAAUCAGCCUGUGGUGGAGAACGAGAAGGAUCACAGGGUUCGGAUGGGGGUCGGGAACGGUCUCCGGCAGGACGUGUGGAGAGAGUUUCACCGGCGCUUCGGAGAAAUCCCCAUGUGUGAGAUCUACGGCUCCACCGAAGGAAACCUGUGCUUCAUGAAUCACAUCGGCAAGAUCGGAGCCGUCGGCCGCUCCAAUUUCUUUUACAAGAUGCUUUUUAAGUAUGUUUUGGUGAAGUAUGACAUGAUCCGAGACGAGCCGGUACGAGAUCAGAAGGGAUUCUGUAUUCAUGUUGCUACAGGUGAGACGGGGCUGCUGUUGUCCAAGAUCUGCUCUCAGAGUCCCUUCUUCGGUUACGCCGGCAGUAAACAGCUGACGGAGAAGAAGAUCCUGCGAGAUGUGUUUGUGAAAGGAGACGCUUACUUCAACACCGGAGAUCUGAUGGCUGAGGAUGAAGACAACUUCAUCUGCUUUAAAGAUCGAGUGGGAGACACGUUCAGGUGGAAGGGUGAAAAUGUGGCGACCACGGAGGUCACCGAGACUCUUGGACAGGUGGAUUUCAUUCAGGAGGUGAAUGUGUAUGGAGUUCAUGUGCCAGGUCAGGAGGGUCGAGCUGGAAUGGCCGCAGUGGUUCUGAGACCCGAGUGCACAUUUGACGGGAGGAAACUGUUUGAUUUGGUCAUGAGAGAGCUGCCGUCGUACGCUCGACCUCUCUUCAUAAGACUACAGGAGUCGAUGGAGAUGACCAGCACAUUUAAACAGCAGAAGUUUUCUCUGGUGCAGAGCGGCUUUAAUCCCUCAGACGUCAGUGAUCCGCUGUAUGUUCUGGACUCCACGGAACGCUGCUUUAUUCCUCUCAGCUCAUGUGUGUAUGACACUAUAUUAACAGGUGUGAGGAAACUCUAGUGGAGCCGUCUCCUUGACUAAAUCAUAGAAGUGUGUGUAAUAGAUGAACACCCUCCAGAUGUAGAGCGGGUUAUGUUCACCACAGACACCAUAGAUGUGUCGAUUCAUUCAUUGUAGUGUCUGACAUUAGCUUUGUUUCUGUAUCCCAUUCAUCAGUCCACAUCUGCAAUAAUGAAACAACAGCUUGAUUUUUGCACAGUUACUGUAUUAACAUCAGGAUCUUCAUGAGUACAAAGAAAACCACUCCUUUUCUGAUUCCAGAAGGAACUUGAUUUUGAUUUGUGACCGCCGGAUGGAACAUUAUGAACGUCUCCGGCACAUUUUAUAAUUGGAUUAUAAAAUCAAUCAAACAAAUUCACACGGACAUAACACACGAUCACGUCACUGAAUACUGCAGACUAGGACAUUGUAUAAUCAUUUAUGAUUUAUUCCUAAAUAAUCCAAAUCCAUGAUACAGUUUCAGAUUCACCUCAUUUAAAUAGAUCAACACCAAUGUCUGUUAAAAAAAAGCACAUGAAUAACACACAGACGUGUUUACUGUACAGAAGCUCAGACAUCUUCUCUGGUGUUAGAUAAAACAAAUUUCAUUUCCCCACUCUUCUACAUGGGAGAAAAAACAAGAACUAGAUUUCUGUACACGUAAUAUAUCAGUUUCAGACUGUGUGUGUGUGUGUGUGUUUGAAUGGUUGUAAUGAAUGUGACAAAUAUCUGCAAUUUUGAUUUAUGUUGAUCUCACACUCACACAGAAUAUUUCAAAGACACAUGUUGUGAGUGAAACUGUGUUUUUCUACAGUACGUCACUGACUCACGUUUCAUCACAGCAAGUGAAGACUUACUAAUUUCACCCCUGUCUGAGCAUAUUGUUGCUUGGUAAAUAAAUAUAUUUAAUUUAAUUAAUCAGCACUUGAAACAUUUGAGGUUCGCUGUGAACUGUUUUAAAAAUGCGAUGCAAUAACUUCACUCAUUGAAGUGAAUGGUAUAUGCAAUGAUGUAAGAACUCUGUUGUAAACAAAUGUGAAAUGCUGUCAUCGUUAUCAUUAUGGCAUCAUGUUUGCUACUGUACGUGCUCAUGCGUGUUACAUUGAUCAUAAUGUAACCCUUGACCUCUGCUGCUUUAUAUAGUUCCAAUGCCCAAUAAAAAGGUGUUAGUAAUGCACACAUUUAAUCUUACAGCGUGUUCAUAAAAUCAAACCUAUGUUGGACAUUUAAAUAGCUGCGUAAUAGAACCAUUAUUACUGUGUGAUGGUUAAUGUAAUAUAACAAAGGCAAACGACCAUGGACUUGC